AUGACGAUGAAGAGAUUUCCGUACAGCAGGCCGCGCAAGCGUUGCUAUCUUCUCGCAUACAAGCUGCAGCCUCCCCAGUCUGCUCAGACCGGCUCGUCCGACUCAGCCUGGAUCAGGAGGAAGUCCGCGCCCGGUGGAAAGGCAAGAGCAGACUGGAUUCUCACCGCAAAGAUGGACCAGACUUUCAGCCAGUCAGGAACUCGUGCUCUAGGACUGCGACAGUCAGUUCAGCAAGAUGCCUGUCGCAAAUCCUCAACAUCGCAUCGCGCACAUCAGCGGACACCUCUCUACCUCCAUCUCUCAACGGCUCGUGUGAGCACAACUCCAUCGGCUUCCGCCUCUCAAGCUUCAAGAGCAAACGAUGGUGGACACAGAAAGAGCCAAUACCGCUUGGGCGAUCGGGCGAAUAUCAGUACAACGACAGCUCAUCGAAUACUUCGGGCAGCGAGUCCCUGCGAUCACCACUGCACGACCUCGUUCGAACAUCCGGGCACAACGAUCCCUCAACCCGAUUAA